GGCGCGGGUCACGUGACUCAGGCCCCGCCCGCGGCUAACGGUCAGCGGCGCCAGCGUUCCGGGGCUGUUGGCGCCCAGGAAAUGGUUUGGGAAGCGUGGACGACUCGCUCCCGCCCCAGGCCGUCUCGCGGAAGAGUUCAAGCUGCUCUCGGCCUCGGGAAGCUGUCUGGAGCCCGCGCUCUGGACGGUUUCCCACCUGGCAGUAGAGUCGCUUGGGAGUCCAGGAGCUGGAGGGGUUACCCGUCGUUUGUAGGGAGAGGCGGAGGCUGAGCGCCGUGGUCUGGCCAGAGCUACCUAGACGGACCAGACCCCCUCAUCCCUGCUGCCCAGCACCCGCACACACCUGGGUGUGGGGAGUGAGUUGCCGUGUUGUCCCCUUUGCGGUUUUUUGGAGUUCAAACUAGAAUUGCAAUCUAUUUGGUUAAGCCCAAGCCCGAGCCAGCUGCUCCUGACGGCGUAUUAAGAACUCAGUGCCUCCCCCGAUCUGAAAUUGCAAUUUCAACAGUUUGGUGGAAAUCCUAACUACUAACCAUGUUUCACAUUAUUCACGUGUUAUCACUGACCGCCGUUCGGUUGGCACCCAUUUGGCUGUCCCAAAUCUCAGUGUCCCACACUCAGAGGCCUGGUGUGGAAGAGCCCCUUUUUAGCGGUGUGGUUAUGCCAUUUUCCUGAUCUGGGCCUCUGGCGGUAUCUUGGGUGUGAAUUUGGUGUGGAUCGUGGCCUUUCACCCUGUGCUCCUGGCGUUGUUGCCCAUGUGAUUGUGAUGUUUCACCUGCAGGCCUUUCUAGUCUGCCGGUGAGCCCAGCUUGUGGCACCAGGAAACAGGUGCAGAACAGGAGCAGUUCCCGUCGGAAACCUGGCUACUCACAGGACCCGGGGCCAUGACUGCUGCUGCUUUUCACCUGGAGACACAGAGGUUCCCUUUUCCCUGCCAGUUUCUGCCCCUGUCUUUGGAGCAACUGGAACUGAGAGCUGAAGGCUGAGGCUGAUUGACGGAGUAACCAGAAAGUGAAAACCAAAGGAAGACAGUGUCCUGAAUAGAGUGGACUCUUGAGCCAUUUUUGUGAGGAGCCGCCACUCCAUAGAAGGGACAUCAGUUGUGUUCAGGAGGACAGGCAAGUCUACGUUUCUUCUCUUUGGGAUGUGCCCGGGAACAACGGCAGGUGCAAUGGCUCCUCUGUGGAGCCAUUCAUCCUGGUGGCUGCCUCAGAAAAAUCUGCCCUUUGGAAUCUUUGCUGGGUUAAUAUCAAGAUGAUUUGUAAAUGCAAGAGCACUGAACCAACCACCAAUUCACGGCCACUGCCUGGAGGUGAUGUGUGCUGGGAAAUCCUAGUCACAGAUACACCUCAUCCCAGGAAUUCUACUCUAUAUCGUCUUACCAAGCAGCUAUUACAGAAAUAUCACAAGAAAGUGAGACCAGUUCAUGAUCGGACUAAGGCCACCACGGUAUACCUGGAUGUAUUUGUCCAUGCCGUAUUGGAUGUGGAUGCACAGAAUCAAAAAUUAAAGACCAGUAUAUGGUACUAUGAGGUUUGGGAUGACAAAUUUUUAUCCUGGAGCCCCACCAUGUUUAAUGGGAUUAGGGAGAUCUCUCUACCUCUAAACGCCAUCUGGGCCCCUGAUAUCAUCAGUGAGUUUGUGGACAUUGAAUGAUCACCAGGCCUCCCCUAUGUCUAUGUGAACUCAUCUGGGACCAUUAGGGACGCUAAGCCUAUCCAGGUGGUUUCCACAUGCAAUUUAGAGACAAACGCUUUUCCAUUUGAUAUGCAGAACUGCAGCCUAACUUUCAGUAGCAUCCUGCACACGGUGGAAGAUGUAGACCUGGCCUUCCUGAGGAGCAGAGAAGACAUUAAGCAUGACAAAAAGGAAUUUUUGAAGGACAGUGAGUGGGAGCUUCUUUCCGUGUCCUCAACAUACAACAUCCUGCAGAGCAACACUGGAGAUUUUGCAUAGAUUCAGUUUAACGUGGUGAUUCGCAGGCGCCCACUGGUCUACGUCAUGAGCCUGCUGAUUCCCAGCAUCUUCCUCGUGCUUAUGGAUCUGGGAAGCUUUUACCUACCACCCACCUGCUGAGCCAGGAUUGUGUUCAAGACCAACGUGCUGGUGGGCUACACCGUCUUCAGGGUCAACAUGUCUGAUGAGACGCCAAGGAGCACAGUGAGCACCCCUCUGAUUGGAGUCUUCUUCACAAUUUGCCUGGCCUUCUUGGUUCUCGGCUUAUUUAAGUCCAUCCUAUUGGUCACAUUCCUCCAUGAUGAGUGCAGCAGUGAGCAAGAGUGGCCCCUCUCAUGCCUUCAAGGGGACAUUGAUGCUGACGGGCCUAGAAGAGAUCCCCAAGCCCAGCCUGCUGGGGUGACAGAGCCCUCGGUCUGUUGAGAACACCAGGCCCAGUCAGAGACCCUGAAGGAAGUCUCGUUCCAGCUUAAGUCCAUCAGCACCUACUUCCAAACCUGGGACCAGGAGGACCGACAAGAGGUUAAGUGGCUGGCCUUCCUGGAACGUUUUGACCGACUGCUCUUUAAAGCGUGCCUCGUCGUGCUGGGGCUCUAUGCCGUGAGCCUGUGCUCCCUCUGGGCGCUGGGGAGCAGCUUGUGAAGACUGGAGGCUGUUGGUCUCACCAAACAUUCGCUUUCUCGUGCAGGUACUCACACCUAAUGAGGUACUGAAUGGCCCAGGGCUAGUGCAUUCAUGGCGAACAUGUCUGGCCAUCUCCAGGUACACAGUGAAAAGGAAGCCCGCCUUCUCAUUCCGGGCCACUCCCCAAAGGUGACACCAUUAGCCAUCUCUUUCAGAAAUUUUCUAGGUACAUACAUACUUGUAUGUUUUUGGGUGUUUGUUUGUUUGUUUGUUUUUGGUUUUAGUGUAAGAUUCCUUCAUCUCCCUGUUUUAUCUUAGUCACUCAGGCAGCUGUUCAAAACCUUUACUGAGUGUCAGUUAAGUCCUAAGCGUUAUGUUAGGACAUGACAGAACACAGAAUAAGUCAGUCACGGAUCAUUCUUCACUGGAAUGAUUCCCGAGGUCAACCUUGUACAAAGCAGAAUGCAAAAUUGUCACCAUGUCUGUAUCCUGAAGCUCUUGUUCCCACUGGCUCCGACGAGCGCCUCUUCCCCAGUACCUCACCACAGUUGGACAGAAGCCGGGCUCCAAACCUUCCAGACCCAAUCUAGCACAACCUGUAGUCAACGCAGACCAUGUAUAAGGCACUGAGCUGGGGGAUGGGCUUCAUGCAUGCCCCUUGGGUUCAAGGAGAUUAUAAUCUACUCUCCCUGUAGAAUCAGCUAGGGCCGCCAUAACAAAACACCACAGACUUUGUGGCUUAAACAGAAAUUUAUUUUCUCCCUGCUCUGGAGGCUGGAACUUUUCUUUGAGGCCUCUCUCCUUGGCCCAUAGAUGGCUGUCUUCUCCCCGUGUCCUCAAUGGUCUUUCCUCUGCAUGUACAUGUCUGUGUCCAAAUUUCCUCUUCUUAUAAGGACACAAAUUAUAUUGGAUUAGGGCGUACCUUAACAACCCCAUUUAACCUGAAUGGCCUUUUUAAGGGCUCUGCCUCCACAUACACAUGCUGAGGUAUGUUAGGUAUGUUAGGGCGUUAGGACUUCACCAUAUGAAUUUGGGGGGCAGGGUGAACACAAUUCAGUCUAUAGCACUCACAUGAUGGUGGACGCUUGGCAAGUCAAAACUGCACGUAAGCUGGAAGGCCAGGACCCAGGGAAUAGUUGUAGUUUGAGUCCAAAGGGGUGGGAGGUGUCUGCUGGCAGAAUUCCCACUUAUUCCAGGGGUGUCAGUGUUCUUCUGCUGAGGCGUCCAACUGAUUGGAUGAGGCCCACCUGUACUCUGGAGGGUACUCUAUUUCACCCAAGUCGACUGAUUUAAAUGUUAAUCUCUAAAAAAUACCUUCACAGAAACACCUAGGGUAAUGUUUGACCAAACAUCUGGGUCCUGUGGCCUAGCCAAGUUAACACACAAAACUAACCAUCACAGUCCCAAUGGCCCCUUCGUCUCCCAUCUGUGCCCACAGUUACUUGUCUAGAAAGAAGAGCCCUGAACACAUGGAACUGGGGUAACUGGUCAACUUCUGGCUCUUACUCUCCAGUGGCCCAGUCUGCCAUGAGUAUAGCUCACCUUCUGGCAGUUCCAUGGCCUCACAACCUGAAUUCUAAGGUGGAAGUGCAGGUCUUCCACAAAAUUUCCUUCCUCCUAUUUUGACUUUCUUCAUUUCUCAUGGCUUCUUAUUACAGUCUUCUGUCUAGCCAGACUAACCUGCCUGCUGUUUCCGUCUAAGCCUCUACUGUGAGUUGACAUAUUCUUUUGUUUCUCCAGUCUGUGUGCCAUUGCGUCUGAGGAACCUGCUCAAAACAGCCUCCCUCACCUUCUUCCCCUGAGCACCUCGUGACGGUCCCCUUUCUCUAUCUUUACUCUUACCUUAUUCUGUGUCCUUCCCCCUUUGAACAUUUUAGGGCCUUGUGUGUGUGUGUGUACAUAGGUGUGUGGUAUGGUAUAUGUGUACAGGUGUGUGGGUGUGUGCAUAUGUGGGAUGUGGGGUGUGUGUACACAUGUGUUUGUGUGGUGUGUGCACAUGCGUGGGUGUGUAUACGUGUGUGUACAUAGGUAUAUGGUGUGUGUGUGCGUGUGCACGUAUGUGUGGUGUAUGUGCACACAUGUGUGGUGUGUGUGGUGUACAUGUGUGUGCACAUCACUCAUCACACAGACCACAUACUCCUAGAAUAGCCAUCCCGUUUUCUAGUUCUAGUUCAUCCCCAUCUCGGCCCGGGUCCACACAGAGCUUCACUCAUGGCGAUUCUGCGCUAAUUGUUGCAGAGCAACGCAUUCUAGCUCGCUGCUGACGUUGGACACAUUUCUAGUGUGUUUUUCCAGGUCUGAGGGGGAAAAUCUACCCGAGGUCAGACUCCCAGCCCCUCGGCAUCCCUCUGCCCUCUGCCAGGGCAGCCAUCGGGAGGUUGGCGGGCAGACCACGGUUGGCUGAGAAUCAAUUCUCCUAACACUGCCAGCAGAGGACACGAAAGUCCAAAGCUGUUUGCUAGGAACUUUUUGCGGCACGAAAAUUGUCUUUUAAAAACCCUGCUCCCCCAUCCCCCUAAAGAAAAAGAAUUUAAAUUCAAACAGCCUUUACCUGCAUCCUCCCUCUCUCAUUACCUCCCAGUUAGUGCUCAACGCCAAUUGUCCAUGAAAUUCCGCUGCUGCUGCUAAUGAAAUGAAGAACAUAAGAAGUUUGUGAACAGGAAGUGUCCGUGCAAACCUCCACCUGUUUCCCUCCUCACUUCCUCCUCUGCCUCCGCCUGCUCAGUUAGCUUCUUGAUCGAUCCCUAGAUGUCUCUUCACUUCCUCCGCUGUCACGGGGGAAAAGGCUUGCAGUGAACUCCCCGCUACGUUGUCUCCUUCCUUUCCAGUUGUCCUUGGGGAAAGCGUCUGGUUUUGGUCCCAGCUCCAUCACUGUCCAACCAGGAGACCUUGAGCGUGAUUUCUCAGAGCUUCGACUAUGCGACACAGGUUGCUUAUACUUACUCCACCAAAUCACAGAACUUUGAGGAUUGGAAUGAAGCAAUGUAUUUAACAGCACUUUCAAAAGUAACUAAUACAUCACAAAAUAAAAAGAAGACCUGCCUGCUGUCCACAGACGGACUGUA